AUGGUGAAACUUGCGACGGCGCGUGAGAUUAGAACGUACGGCCCUCGGCUCGGCAGGAGCAGGGCCGAGUACAUCAACGCAGGUCUAUACCUGUUCGCCACCGUAGUGCUCAUCGGCGGUUUCACGGCUACAGGAUUCUCUUGGGAGCCAAGAUCCGGCCUCGUCCUCAUUCUCUUGGCUCUCGCUCUUAUAACCGCCGUGAAUGUUCACGAUCUCGUGGCUCAUUUAGCCGGAAUAGAUUACCGGUUAAGGUUAAUGCAGUAUGACUUGCAAUUGGGGCUAGUGGAAUUUGCAGUCCCUCUAGUCCAGGUAGCGGGUUCGGUCGUUUUCUUCGUGGGAAUCUUUUUCGUUUUCAACCAGGCGGAGACAAAACUGGGACACGGUGAAAGAGAGAAGCACGCGUUAAACAUGCUCGUUGCAGGUCCGUUGCUUUGGGUGAUAGGAUCAAUUCACAACUCGUGUCAAAUCUACGAGAGAGCAGACAGUCACGUGCAGAUUCUACAGCAGUGUGUCCACAUACCUUUCUUGGUUGGAUCCCUUUUAUUCUUGGUUUCUGCACUUCUCAAUAGCCUUGACCAAUCAGGAUCAUCUCAUAGUGGCUUAAAGCUUCUUGGGAGAAGAUGGGUUUGGCUUGGGAUUUCCGGGGGAAUAUGUUUGUUUGUGGGUGGAUUGAUGAACGUGGUUAAGGUUUUUAACUUCGUUCAGAUCAGUGGGAUCCGUCUCGAGAAACUACGGGGCGGAGCACAAGACAAGCUUCUUGAAGAGAGAGAAGGGUAUCUUCCUCUUGUUGCUGAAGAAGAAAGAAUAAGGAAAAUGGAAGCUGACGAAGCUUCUGAAAGAGCCAAAUCUCCGGCUCGCUUAGCCCCCAAGGCAGGAGCGGGAGCUGCAGAGACCGCGGCGCGAUCUUCUCCCACACCGUACAAGGAUGUUCUCGUCGGACAGAGCUGA